AUGCUUUCAGCGUUAGAACCCGUCCUUCCCAGAGCCACAUUCCUUGAUUCUUCCAUUGUCGUACUGGCUCCUCAACUCCCGAGGGAUUACAUUUACAUUUACACGUGUCCCGGCGAUGCUAAGGGACUUUCCGGCAGCGACAGCCAACAGCCACAGCUUUCCGCCACUUCCAUUCCAUCCAGCAAUUACAGCGUCGGAUUCAGUCUCUCGUCGUCAUACGGAGCCGCCGCAGUCAUUAUCGAUGAUGCUCACGGCGAUAAGCAGACUUCUACCUGGCAGGUUUAUGGAGAUUUGGCUUAUCGGAAAGUCAUGGCAAGACUAUCUUUAGAGUCGUUGCGACAUCUUGCAUAUCUGCAAGAAUCAGGAUUCACACAGAUAACACCAAAGAAAGCGUAUAGGCCCAAUGGCCGGGGAAACUGGCUGCGCAUACGGAGAUACGGAUUCGGCUGGAGUAAGCAUUGGCAAAAUGACACACAGUGUGAGACCAAGAUUAUCAAGCUCCUAGCGAGAACUGUCCUUGCGGUGCAUUAUAGUAGAACAGCACUUACGUCGACCCUGUCUGAUAUCCAGGAGUCUGUUGGUUCAUGGGGAGGUUAUGGGCGACGCGUGGAUAAUAUCACUCUGGGCAGUGAUGCAAAAAAAAAACAAGGUGUAAAAGAGAAGACAACUAUUGGACUGGCGUUAAAGAAGCGAUAUUGCAGAAGAGUAGAGACUCCAGCAAUGGAGAAACCGAUGGUCAUUAUUUUGACUGGUGAUAUGUUUUCGGAUGCCGAUUUUAAGAGUAUAUUGGAGGAUGCGAUAGGCGAUUACUUGGGGUGAGCUCCACCUAAUUAUUCGGGUGAUGCAAUGGCCGUUGCA